AUGCACCCUUUGGCAGAAUUUUUCCGAGAGCUAAAUGUGAGUCUCAAAGAGAUGCCGUCAAGUGGAAAUCUCCUGGCAGCAGUUGGGGCUCCUGUGGGAGCUAAGCUGGAGCCCUGCGACGAGGUAACUGAGAUGGUACCUGUGGGCACCAAGCCCAAACUAUUCCCAGUCCUGAAAGGGAAGGUUAAAAUAUUUAUUUCGGCUCAUAAUGGCCUCUCUGAUUUAGUGGCGGAUCAUUUUUCCUGGUGCCUUUGUCACUGCAGGUCACUGGAAGGACUGAGCGCAUUCACGGGGCUGGAGGAGCUGAUCUUGGACAACAACCUUCUUGGAAACGACCUUGCGUUGCCAGGGUUACCCAGGCUCCAUACCUUAACGCUCAACAAGAACCAAAUAUCAGAUUUGGAGGGGCUGCUGGACCAUUUGGCAGAAGUAACACCUGCCCUAGAGUAUCUCAGCUUGUUAGGGAACGUGGCUUGUCCCAAUGAGCUGGUUAGCUUGGAAAAGGAUGAAGAUGACUACAAGAGAUACAGGUGCUUUGUUCUACACAAACUACCCAACCUGAAGUUUCUGGAUGCAAAGAAAGUCACGAAAGGAGAGCGUGAGGAGGCUCUGGUGAGAGGGGAAUUCAUGAAAGUAGUGAAGCCCAAGGCCUCCAAGGAUGCUGCUCCUGACUCUCCUCAGCUGCCAUAUACACCUCUGCCUCCUGGUUCCCGGCCAUUGACCAGCCACCAAGGUGUUCUAGGAAGGUGUCACUAUGUUUACUAUGGGAAAAACUCCGAGGGCAACAGGUUUAUCCGUGACGAUCAGCUCUAAGGCUGAGACCAGCCUGGCUAUCCCAAUUUAACAAGAAAAAAGAAAGAAAAAGAAGAAAGAAAGAAAGAAAGAGAAAGAAAGAAAGAAAGAAAGAGAAAGAAAGAAAGAAAGAAAGAAAGAAAGAAAGAAAGAAAGAAAGAAAGAAAGAAAGAAAGAAAGAAAGAAAGAAAGAAAGAAAGAAAGAAAGAAAGAAAGAAAGAAGAAAAAAAGAAAAAAGAAAAAAAGAAAAAAGAAAAAAAGAAAGAAAUUAGCCAACCCAACUUGCAUUUGUUCUGUCAAGGAAGCCACCUUAGUCCUCUAGUACCUUCUGCUGACUUUGCCAGGCCUGUCAAGAUCAUCCUUCUGUCUUAGUCUGAGUCGUCACAUAGAGAUUGACAUGAUUGCCUUUAAGCAGGUCUCAUCCACCAGCAUGACAGACAGCUGCAGCCAGGCAUUGGGGCUGACAGGAUGAACACCAUGAUAGAUUGCCUGGUCCAUCCACAACUCGCUGGGGAGCAGAGGUCACACCUGGGGCCCCCGUGAGCAUGCUCAGUUAGCUUUUGCCAGUCAGAGACUCCUGUCUUCAGCUUGCCUGUUGAGUGGGAGCUGUGUGGAAUAUCCAGAUGGUUUUUAAAACAUAAAAAUGGUUCUGAUUGUGGGGAAGGGCAGGGAGGUCUCAAUCACCAUCUAUUUUUCUACAAGUUAGACUUCCACAUUUUGCACAUGUAUACAUUUAGAGCCACAUUCCACAUCCUCCUCCCAACCCCCCAAAGCAUCUUUAUCAUGAAUAGAGCUUCAAGGUCUCUCAUUCCUCUGAGGAAGGAUAUUUGUUGUCAGGGAUAUUUCGUGACUUGCUUCCAAAUGAUACAAAAUCCUGAUUUCAGUAAAUAUUUUUCCCUCAAGUCCAGAAACAGAAUCAAUGGAUUCUGGAUUAGCAAAGGACUCUUGAAUCCCAGAUUUAGACUUUGUUCCCUCUCCAGAACCUGACCUUACCAUGGAUAUUUUGGUAUUUUCAGUUUGGUGACAGGCCUGUUUCUUUCAUCAUCUAUACUUUAAAACUUGCCUCUCUUCACAGUUAGGCUAGUGUAUUUCUCAUCUGAUAUUGUCUAGAUAAAAUUACAAGACUUGCCUUUACUUUACCAAUUUGCAAAAUUUUUUUUGUCACUUAAGAGAUAAGGAGUAGAAAAACAGAUCAGAAGAUUUAAAAAAAUUGAAUAAAGAAGAAAAAUGCCCUCCCACCCCCAAGCCUCUCAGAAAAGAGAGCCCUGGUUUCUUUAUAAGAUCUAGAUCCCUUGAAUAUCAUGUCCAGGGGAAUUAUUGGCUAUGAGAUCAGUAAUGUAUGAGUUGGGGCAGUAUCUUUAAGUAGCCAUGAUAGUUUUCUAAUAAUGAUAUCACCUGGGACAAAUGAUGAUGAGAUUUAUAUAAAACCCAUUGAAAUAUCCACUUGGAAGAUAAUUAAGAAAAUAGUUGAUGGAUACUGUCUCCUCCCCCCCCAUUUAAAUUCCUACUAAGUGCUUAGCAUUCUGUGGUUUACAAAAAGGAAAAGAGUUCCCUGCAUAUGGAUUCAACAUAAUCACAACAAAUAAAUUGCCCUUAGAACAGCAAGCUUGGGGGUAAAGUGUAGAUGUUGAUGACACAAUCUUCACUCAUUAAUUACUUAGACAAAUUUGUAAUACAGUCUUUGAGGCCAGAAGAAUUAGAGGUGUUCCGUUUUUGGAUUUUUCUUUUGAGCAAUAAAUAAUGGAAAAGAAGACACCUUUCUCUCUAAUCUAAACAAUAGCUCUAGAGGUAAUGCCUUGAGUUAGUUGCAUUUGAACCCCACCCUAGCUCUUUGCUGAGAAACAUCAACACAUGUUUUGUCCACAGCAUAUUAUGGGCAGCACGAGUUCUGAGCAGGGGCAGCAAGACUAGUCCAAUGUCAUAUCCAAUCUGGCCACACAUAUAUCCUCGUCUUUAUAAAAGGUUUUAACCCUGCCUCAAACAAUAAAAAGGCACUUGAGAACUGACCACAGAAUUUUUCCAUCUUUAUUUUUCUUCCUUGUUUACUUUUCUUAAUGUCAGAACCAUUUGUAUCAAGCUCAGGAAUGUCUCCCUCAAUGCGAGCUUUGGAAGCACAAAUAUUUUCAGAAUGAGCUGUGCACCACAUUCGUGCCUCUCCCUGUGUGGUGUUUAUUCCCUCCCUCCUCCCUUCCAAAAUGGCAUAUUAACUUGAAUUAAGAUUAGCUUAAUUAUAAUUUCUGAAAAGGUCAUCCCCUCCCAUCUAUUCUUCUUUAUGGACAAGACUCAGUAAGGUUGGCUCUUGUGUUCAAAGGGAUAAUGGUGAUGAAUUCACCGACAUUGUUAAUGGCCGUGUCAGUUCCCUGAACAUCAUUUGCUCAAGGUUGAACCUCAGGCUUCAGUAUGACCUGUCAGCAAUAAUGCUAGUUGGUCAUAUGAUCCCCGAGGGGUUUUCCUAAUUCUGCAUUUUCCAAGUAGGUAGGGAAACAGUAGGGAUAUAAAGUCUGUAUAAUUUCCCUAUGCUCCAAUGAUCAACUCUGGCAAAGUCCUCUUCUUCCUCCAUUGGGAAGGGUUUCCCUUCCUUUACCCUCUUCUAGACUCCUCGUUGCCUGCUAUGCUGAAGGUUUUCUUCACGAAAAAUUAUGUCCCCUAGACUAUUUGAACCCCAAGAGCCUGCUCUGACUUUAGGGACAGAAAAAGGCCAGGGACUCUAGCAAGGCAAAGAGAAGGCUGAGUCUCCCAAUGCCUCAGGGAAUAUUAGUGCAACUAAGCUGUUUUCUGAGCAACAUAAUUUUAUAGGACAAUUUGUUCCUUGAGAAAUUAUGCUUUGGAUUGUAGGAAUCUUAUUAAAAGUACAACUAUUGCAAUCACUUACAUUUACUCUUACCAGCCUUGCUCAUAAAGUCUCCAUCUGUGUGUUUCUUUAAAUAGAUACACAUUAGAAGAGAUUAUCUCUGGAUGGGCUAUGUCUCUGGGUGCUGUAUGUUUUCAUGUAUUCAUGUGUACCAAAGAAUAAAAGAAAAGCAAACCACAAA